UUGAUUCGGGAAUUAAUUCCUCAGUUGAUGUCCAGCCGGCAAUAAGUGCACAUUACGGAAUAGUGAUUAACAUCGAGUGUCAAAAAAAAAAAAAUGUGGGCGGUCUUACUGAUCAGUCUUCUUCUUUCAGUUAACCUUAGCCAGUCUGCCAACUAUGAGUGUUCUUCGGAUUGCCCAUUUCAUCCCACGUAUUGGAAAGGACGUUGCUGCAUAUCAAACCUGGCACUUUUGAAUCCCUCUGAGAUGAACGAAUUUAAAAUAAGACCCAUCCAUGCCAAUCACAUCGUGGUAACAUUCGCCAAUCUAACUACAAAAGCCCUUACGUCAAAGUUUCUCAAACACAUAAAAGGCCUCAAACAUUUGCACGUCGUUCAUGGAAAUGUUCCCAGCAUCCAAUUGUCACCAAAUUUACUUUCGCUUCACGUGGCAGGAUGUGGACUGGAGAAAUUGAUAAUAAACGAACAGGAUAGUUACAAACUUCAAACACUGGAACUUCAAGAUCCUGCUCUAACAAAACUUCCCACUGGCAUCAAUAAACUGACGCACCUCACGAAACUCAUCAUCAGCCAUACCAAAAUAAAGAUGCUGAAUUUGUCUGAACUGCAAGGCCUUAACGAGCUUCAAGAGCUCCGGAUACGCUACGGGUUUCUCGACACCAUUCACACUGGCCAAAGGUUAAGUCUACCCAAUCUUCGGUUGUUCCAGCUUACCGGGAAUCUCCUAUCCUCACUGGACGUUUCCAAUUGGGAUAUGCCUAAUAUGCGCAGAUUCGACGUCACUCACAACCGGUUGAAAAAGAUCGAUCACUUGUCUACAGCCUUCCCCGAACUUAAAAUAAUCCGUUUGUGGCGUAACGACUGGAGCUGUCAGUGGCUUCGGGAAGAUGGUCGAAAAUUCCUUAGCCGAAACGUCAUCGAUCCAAGCAUGGUAAUUCUACCGGACGAGGACUGUACCGGAUCGCUGGAAGCCGGAAUUUGCUGUGAUUUACCUCCGGGAACUUUCCCUCAACCGGAAGAACGAUUCCGGCAUUGUGCGGGUGACAAAGGUCCAAAUUUUGUAUGCAGCGAGUUGACCGACGGCAACGUAGCCAAAUAUCAGAGAAUGACCCCACGAGCCGAAAUUCUCCAGGCGUUGAAGUUGAAUUGAUAAAUUUUAUGCAACUAACUUGCAGUAUCAGUUCAUUCUUCGGUUAUGUACUUCCUUAUUUAAAGAAAAAGUCACUAAACGAAUGUUUAAUGUUCCUUUUAAUGUUUCCUAGUUACUAAAGUCACUAUAAUAGUAAAAAUGAAUUCUGUAAGCGCGAUAACUGCCCCUACGUGAAAAAGAUAUGAUUCAAUCGCUAAUAGUUAUUUAUGCAUCAAGUUUAAAAAAGUGAUUUUUUUCAGCACGAAUCAUAAGCAGAGUUGGAUAAUAACACAAUUUUAUGUUUAUUCGAAAAAUGCCCAUGAAAGUUUAUUAAUUAUUCUACAAGAAGCGCAUGUCAACAAAUAGCAACAUGUGGACGACCAUGCCAAAGACUAAAACUAUAUGAUCAAUUAGGUCGUGGAAUGAACUUUUCGACACUGAAUUCAAUGCUGGAAAGUAGCACUUUUCGAUACUGUUUUCAGUGUCGAAAUGUUCACUUUUCAACACGGAAUAGCA